AUGCUUUUCCUCUCCCUCUUCCUCUGGGCUUCGACUGCCCUGGCUAUCUUCUUCAAGUCGCCGCUUUUCCCUUCUGAGGAUGACUUCUACCGUGUCCCAGCCAACAUCUCUGACUACCAGAGUGGUGAUAUCAUUGAUAUCAGACACACACCAGUGAUGGUCAGCUCGCUUUUCUUUGCCAUGAAUGUCCAGAACUCUUACCAGCUUCUUGUUCGUUCUGAAGACUCGUUUGGCAACCCUAACGUCGUGGUUACCACUAUUUUGGAACCUUACAACGCCGACCCAUCCAAGCUCUGGUCCUACCAGGCCUGGGAGGACUCCAACAACAUUGACUGUGCUCCUUCGUACGCCCUUUUGUUCAAGUCUCACCCAGAUACUAUCACCACCCAAACUGAGAUUCCAUUCAUUGAGUACGGUCUUUCUAAAGGCUGGUACGUGGUUGUCCCUGACUACCAGGGCCCUAAGGCUGCUUUCACUGCUGGUAUUCAAGCUGGUAAAGCCGUUUUGAACGGUAUUCGUUCUGCCUUGAACUCUGGUGACGUUACUGGUAUUAGCAAGGACGCUAAGGUUACCAUUUACGGUUUCUCUGGUGGUUCUUUGGCUUCUGGAUGGGCUGCCCAGCUCCAGCCAUCGUACGCUCCAGAGCUUAAGGAAAGUAUUCUUGGUGCUGCUGUUGGUGGCUUUGUCACUAACAUUACUUCUACCGCUAUCGCUACCGAUGGUACCAUUGCAGCUGGUAUCAACGCCAACGCCAUCAACGGUAUUAUGUCUGAGUACUCCAUGUACCAGGAGCUCUUUGACAGCGAAAUCAACGACUUUAGACACCGCCAGUUCUACUCAGCCAAGAACAACUGUCUUGUGAACUCGCUCAUCCAGUAUGUGUUCCAGAGGUUCUUCAAGGGACUUGUGCCUUACUUUAGACACAGACAUGACUUCUUCCACAUUCCAGAAAUUGCCGAGAUCAUCAGAAACAACACGCUUGCGUAUGUGGAGCUGGACGGUCUUCCAGAGAUCCCCUUGUUCAUUUUCCACGGUCAAGGCGACGAGAUUGUGCCAAUUAUCCAGCCUGAAAGAGCCUACGAGAACUACUGUGAAUGGGGAGUUGAAUCCAUUGAAUAUGCUGUUUCCAAGGGCACUGGUCACACUUUGGAGACCUUCUUUGGUGCUGGUGCUGCUUUCACUUGGUUGCAAGGCCUUUACAAUGGUGAGUCUCCUAUCAAGGGCUGCCAGCGUACUGUUCGUACCACCAACCUUGAAUACCCAGGUGCUGACAUUGUGUACCACCAAAUCUUGAGCUCUUACGUUAGAGGUAUUUUUGGUGCCGAGAUUGGCGAAGAUACUAUUGACAUUAACGAUUCCACCUGGCUCAGUAAGGUUAUUGCUUGGGGAUUCUCCAAGUUCUUCGGUAUCUUCGGUCGUUUCACUCCAAAGAGAGACGAUACCUUCACGCUCGAGGAGCUUGCUGGUAACAAGACUGUGGACGAGAUCUACACGGGUUUCCUGGAUGUCAAGGAGUUGUUGCAGGCCCACAACAUCGACCCAAUCAAGGUUCUUGCCGGCGAGCCAGGGGUUUAG